AUGCAACAUCCGAUGUUUGAUGGCCUGGUAAAGAAAACUUGGAAGAAACCUGUUAAAGCAGCAGAGAUUGCAACAAGCGAGAGUGGAGCUAGAAAUAAUAUAGACAAGGUUGGCUGCCCAACCUUUGAACCAGAUGCUUAUGUCACAGGAAAAACAAAUGUUAUUAGAACUAGAGAAAUGGAGCACAACGAAGGAACAACAUUUCUAAAGUUUUUAGAAGCAUCAAGACUAAAAGCAAAUGCAGAGAAAAGCUCCAUAUAUAUUACAGGGGUGUCUGGGAGAGUCAAGUAUGAAAUUCUGCAGCAUUUGAGAUUUAGUGAAGGAUCCCUACCAUUCAAAUACUUAGGGGUUCCCCUUGCAGCAAAGAAGUUAUCUAUCAGUCAGUGUUGGCCUCUAGUGGAGAAAAUUACAGCUAGGAUCAACUGUUGGACAUCCAAACUAUUGUCUUAUGCUGGUCGUGUCCACCUGAUAAAAUCAGUUCUGUUUCGUGUCCAAUCAUAUUGGGCACAGAUAUUCUUACUCCCUAAGAAGGCUGCAGGUGGCCUUAAUAUCAUGGACCUGGAAAGAUGGAAUAAAGCAGCAAUUACAAAGCACCUAUGGGCCAUAGCAAUGAAGAAAGACUCAAUGCGGAUAAAAUGGAUACAUAGUGUAUACAUCAAGAACAAAAGACUGGAGUCCAUCAUAAUACCCAAGAAUGCAGCCUGGGUGGUUAGAAAGAUUUUGGCUACAAGGGAACAAGUCUGUGCGAAUUCCGGAAAGGAUGAGUGA